AACUCGAUUGGGCUGACAUUUUCUUCAUGACCACCCUUCCAGUCGAAAUGAGGCGGACUCACCUAUUCCCAAACGUCCCUUCUCCUUUCAGAGAGACUUUAGAAGUUUACUCAUUGGAACUGAAGAACCUAGCCUUGACUAUCCUAUCACAAAUGUAAACUGCUUUGCAAAUGGAAGGCAAGGAACUGACCAAGUUAUUUGAAGAUGGAAUGCAAUCAAUGAGGAUGAACUAUUACCCUCCAUGUCCUCUUCCGGCGGAAGUCAUCGGUCUUACACCUCGUUCUGAUUCUGUAGGUCUCACCAUCCUCCUACAAGUGAAUGGAAUGGAUGGUCUCCAAGUAAAGAAAGAUGGGAUUUGGGUUCCUGUUAAGCCACUACCAGAUGCCUUUAUUGUCAACAUUGGAGACAUUUUAGAGAUUCAAACAAAUGGGAUUUAUCGAAGCAUUGAGCAUCGUGCAACAGUUAACUCUAUAAAAGAAAGGCUGUCAAUCGCCACAUUUCACAACCCAGCACUUGAUGGUGAAAUUGGUCCGGCGUCUAGCUUGGUCACUGAGCAAGCACCUGCAGUAUAUAAAAGGGUGGAAGUUCAAGAUUAUGUGAAAGCCCUUUUUGAACGUAAGCUUCAAGGAAAGUCUUUUCUUGAUGAACUUAGGAUAAAGUAAGAUGGUGGUGAGAUUUAGACAAUAUGUGAGCGUGCAAUUGCAACCAUGCAUGUAGUGGUGGUAUCUAAUUUUCUGAAGAAAUAAACCAAAGCCUACCAGUCCAAAUGGUGUCCAACUGAUGAAGUGUGCCCUGCUCGUAGAGUUUAUUUUGGGCAUGUUGGUUGCUCUUGAAAUGUGAAGAGGUUGCUGCCCUUUAAUAUAAUUUCAAAUAUAUAGCCCUUUAUUAUGUAAUAAAUGAGAAUAAUCAUGCCCUAGCUGACUAUGAUCCUCAUCAUUAGUACCUCCAUUCUCUUAAUUAUAAAUAAAUUGUUGCAACUAAUGUGAUG